AGCAGCCACGAACAUAUGUUCUAGUGUUUGCAUAUGCAAACAGUGAAAGUGACACAUCAACAAAACAAUUUUAAACAAAUUUGUGAAUAUUUUUGGAGAACAUGUCUGCGAUAGAAGCAUUGAGAGAAAAGAUUGCUGAAUUGAAACAGGAGCUAGAACAAAUUAAAAAUGAUGCGCCUGCCUCCCGAGAUCGUAUCGAGAAAAUGUCCGCUGAGGUAGUUGACUCUAACCCUUAUAGUAGGCUCAUGGCCCUACAACGUAUGGGAAUAGUGAAAGAAUACGAACAGAUAAGAGACAAAACCGUAGCUGUAGUGGGUGUGGGUGGUGUUGGCAGUGUGACCGCAGACAUGUUAACAAGGUGUGGUAUUGGCAAACUUAUUUUAUUUGAUUAUGACAAAGUUGAGCUAGCAAAUAUGAAUCGAUUAUUUUUUACACCUGAUCAAGCUGGCUUAUCUAAGGUGGAAGCAGCAGCACGUACACUUACAUUUAUCAAUCCCGAUGUGCAAAUUGAAACGCAUAAUUAUAACAUAACAACAGUGGAAUCGUUUGAUAAAUUUCUAAAUACAAUAGCAACAGGUGGCAAAGAAGAUAACAAGCCAGUUGAUCUAGUCCUGAGUUGUGUUGAUAAUUUUGAGGCCCGCAUGGCUAUCAAUACAGCUUGUAACGAACUGGGAUUGUACUGGUUUGAGUCUGGAGUAUCGGAAAAUGCUGUUUCUGGGCAUAUACAAUUCAUAAGACCGGGUGAAACAGCUUGCUUUGCCUGUGCGCCACCCUUAGUAGUUGCAGAAAAUAUUGAUGAACGUACACUGAAAAGAGAGGGUGUUUGUGCGGCAUCAUUACCGACUACCAUGGGCAUAACGGCGGGUAUGCUGGUGCAAAACACACUAAAAUAUUUACUUAAUUUUGGAGAAGUGUCCAAUUAUCUGGGCUAUAAUGCAAUGAAUGACUUUUUUCCUCGUAUGACACUGAAACCGAAUUCACAAUGCGAUGAUCGACAGUGUCAAGAGAGACAGAAGGAAUAUCAAGCACGGCCGAAACCAGUAGUGGAAGAGAGUGUUGUGGAAGAGGCAGGUCCUUUACACGAAGCAAAUGAAUGGGGGAUUGAGUUGGUGGAUGAUUCACAGCCAGAAUUGGAUACGACGAAUACAAGUGAUGCAGUUGGAACAGGUUUGAAAUUCGCUUAUGAAGGUCCCGUAAAAAGUAGUGAAGCAGAAGAAACAACAAGUGUCGUUAAUGAUGAAGUAAACUUAGAAGAUUUAAUGGCUCAGAUGAAGUCAAUGUAAAAUAUUUUAUUUUACUUCCAAUUAUUCCAAUUUUUAUUAAAUAUUGUUUUUAUUUUGUUUAGUCUG